ACCUGAUUCCAUCGUCGUCGUUGUCGUGGUCGUCGUCUUCUUCUCUAUCUCUUGAACAUUAACACCGGUCUCUUCUUCUUCUCCUCUCAAUAUCUCUAAAUAUUCUUUCUCCAAAAAGAAAAAAAAAAAAAAUUCUAAAAAAAAUAAUAAACAAUAUUAAUAAUUAUUUUAUUAACAUGACAAUAUAUAAUGAAUCAUAAAAAUUACACAAAAAUUUUAUUUAUAAAAAUAAUUGAUUUUUAAUAAUUUAAUAUCAAUAAGAAAAAGACAGAUUGUGUUAUUUUUAUUUUUUUUUCUGGUUAGUGCAUGAUUGUGAGUGCUGAGUGACAGAGAAAGAAAAUAAAAAUAAAAAAAAAAAAAAUCAGACGAAUCGGAAUCGGCAAACGACGCCGCAGUCGCCAGGUGAGCCUACGACAGUGCGCGCGCGAUCCUAUACAAUAAAUACCUGUGUUAAUAUUAUUAUUUUUUUUUUUCAAUAAUAUAUUUAAACAAAUAUAUCAAUAUAAUAUUUUUAAUAAUAAUGUUAUUAUUUUAUUUUUGUUUUACAAUAAUUAUCAACGUAUAAAUUUGUAAAAUAUAAUUUACAAAACGAAAAAAAAAAAAACACAUCUACCUCAGAAUCGAAAAAAUAAUAAAUAAAUAUAAACAUCAGUUGUUGUUUAUAAUAAAACAAAUUAACCAACAUAGUGAAUGAUUAAAAAAAAAUAUUGUUUAUAUUUAAUUGUUAUUAAUUAUAAUAAAUAUAAUUAAUAAUUGUGUGAAUUGUGUUUUUUUUUUUUGUGAAAAUUUGCGAUAAUUCAACUGUGUUUAUUCGUCAUAACCUCAAUAUAAUAAAUUUUUUUUUCUGUUGUAUUUACAUUAAUUCAACAAGUGGUUUUGGAGUAAAAAAAAAUUGCUAUUGUUAUAUUGAUUAACAAUAAUAGUAUAGUUGAAAAUUAUAAUAUGAAUUGAUUACGAAAAAAAUCAAGAUAAGUACAUGUAUAAUCAACAAUCUAAUUGAUCACAAUUUAUUUAAUAUUGUGAUUAGAAUUGAUUUUUAAAAUUUUUUAAAUGAAUUAUAUUAUACUCUAUUGAUUCGUAAGACUUGAUUAAAAUUAAUUAUUUAUGAUAAAUAAGUGGUGCAUAUAGUGUUAUUUAUAUUGAAAGUGUUGAUGAGGUGAAUUUUUUAGACGGGUCAAAGGUGAAAAGAGGGCUCGAGGUCGGCGCUACGUGCGUUCGAAAGAGCUCUAUAUAUAUUUAUAAAAAAAAAUAUAUAUAAACAGUUAAAUAAUAAAAUAUUUAUUAUUAUAAAUUAAUAAUAAAAUGCAAAUGAUGGGUGAAAAAGGACCAACUCAUCUUGUUGCUCUUUAUGUAGCAACUGCUGGACUUCAAGGCAAUGUACUUGGUAGUGAUGAGGAAGAAAUUACUUUACUCGUUUAUGUUCUCAUUGAUGCACUUCAAAAUAAGGUGAUGGGACAUCAACAAUACAUUGUUAAACCAUCGUCAAUGGAUGAAAAAAAAAAAGCUGAAGAUGAAAAUUCAGUACCAGCUGGUGCAAGUGGUACUAUUGGAGAAGAUGCACUAGCUCAUGCUCCAGAACUUACUGAAGAAGUUGUCAAAGAAAAAGGAAUUCCUCUUCAGCAAGCUAUUCAACAGUUUGAAACUUGGUGGUCAUCCCUGUCAUGCAUAUCCGCCGGAAGUUCGCCUCGUUUCGUUGUCGAUGGACAAGCUCCCCUCAGACAAUGUCUACAUCCUGAAACUUACAAAAAGGAUCUGGAUCUUCCAAAACAUUACAAUCAAUUUCAUGAUUUACGUAAAGAAUUUGCAACUUGUUAUUCAUCACAAGAAGAUCUUGCAACACUCAGCAUUCAAGAAAUGAUACAAUAUUUUGGAUUAACUGCUGAUGUUGAAAAUGAAUUUCAUGUUAAAGAAGUACAAGACAUGAUUAAUGUCAUUCAAAAAAUGAUCAAGGAUGGACAUAUAUUUCAAACUCCUGAAGCAAUAAAUCUUCUUUUAGAACCUGGCAUUUGCUCCAAGGAUGAAGAAGUAGACAAUAAUUGUGUUGUACGUGCACGUGGUUUACCUUGGCAAUCGUCUGACCAAGACAUAGCUAAAUUUUUUCGAGGAUUGAAUGUUGCCAAGGGUGGUGUUGCUUUGUGUUUGAGCGCCCAGGGUAGACGUAACGGUGAAGCACUUGUACGUUUUAUUAACAAAGAACACAGAAAUAUGGCAUUAAAAAGACACAAGCAUCAUAUAGGUACAAGAUACAUUGAGGUGUAUAAAUCAUCAGGUGAAGAAUUUGUUAGAGUUGCUGGUGGUGCUAGUGGUGAGGCACAUGCAUUUCUAUCACGGGGUGCACAGGUCAUUGUCAGAAUGCGAGGAUUGCCAUAUGACUGCGUUGCAAAACAAGUUAUUGAAUUUUUUGCUACUGGUCAAAAUCAGUGUCAGGUGCUUGAUAAUGAAGAUGGUGUAUUAUUUGUAAAGAAACCAGAUGGUCGUGCAACUGGUGAUGCAUUUGUUUUAUUUUCAAAAGAAGAAGAUGCUGAAAAAGCACUUAGUAAACAUCGUGAAUGUAUUGGAGUUAGAUACAUUGAACUAUUUCGCAGUACAACUGCUGAAGUACAACAGGUACUUAAUCGAGCAAUUGAUGCUAAACCACUGGUUGAAUUACCACCAAUGCUUCCGUUACCUCCACCAUUGCUUCCACAAUAUGUGAUAACUUCAGGUACAAGAAAAGAUUGUAUUAGACUACGAGGAUUACCAUACGAAGCACUUGUUGAACAUAUUUUGGAAUUUAUGGGAGAACAUGCUAAGCAUAUUCUUUAUCGUGGUGUUCAUAUGGUUUACAAUUCUCAGGGUCAACCAUCUGGUGAAGCAUUUAUUCAAAUGGACAGUGAAAAUUCAGCAUUUUCAUGUGCAACACAACGUCAUCAUCGUUUUAUGAUGUUUGGUAAAAAACAUCGUUACAUAGAAGUAUUUCAAUGCAGUGGUGAUGACAUGAAUUUGGUAUUGACUGGUGCAGCACCAUUACCAGCAAAAUCACUACUAUCAUCCGGUACGUUGAGCACACAUACACCCCCAGCAAUUGCGGCUCCACCAGCCGCACAACCAACAAUCCCUGUACAACAACCACAGCCCCAAUUAUGGGAUAUACACGCGUUAGUACAAGCCCAAGCCCAAGCUGCCCAAGCUCAAAAUCAUGUGCAAGCCCAAGCACAAGCACAAGCAAUGCGUAAUCAAGAUUUUUGGUUAAUGGCUAUUGCAUCACAACAACAACAACAACACCAACACCAACAACACCAACAACAACAAUCAUCAUCACAAACAACAAAUACAAAUAAUACAACAUCAAAAGCUAUUGCUCUUCCAGCAACAGCACAACAUCCUCAUUCACUUUCUCAUCAUUCCCAUCCUCAUCAUCAAUUAUCAACAUUUACAAUGUCAUCAGCACAUGCUGCUGCCGCUGCGGCUGCUGCUGCUGCUGCAAUUCAUGCACAACAAUCACAUCCACCUUUAUUAUUUUUUAAUGUACCACAACGUUUUCCAAUUUUACGUACACCAACACAUAAUGGUUUAAUGCCACAUGGUAUUAUGCAAACACCACAAAUUAAUCCAGCUGCAUUUAUGGGUCUUAAAAGAAGUUGGGAAAGUGCAUUUCCAGGUGAAACUGUUGCAUCUAUGCAAAAACGUCAUGCAUGGCAAAGUACAGCAGCUUUUCAUCCAACAAAUCCUGCUGCUUCAUCUGGUCUUGCCUAUCCUGCUCAAUUUUAUCCUCAAAUUUAAUUUAAUACUAUUUUUUUUUUUUCUUUUUUUUUUUUUGAGAUUUUUGAUACUUUUUCUUUGGUGAUAAUAACAAUCAACUUUCAAGACAGUAGUAAUAUAAUUUUUUUUAUUUAAAUUAUAUUAAUGACAAACUUAAUCAUGAUAUAUACAUUUAGAAAUUUAUUAUUUUUGAUUUUUAAAAAACAUAAUUAUACAAUAUAUAUAAUGAAUUUUUAUUAAAUUUACUUAAAGUUAAAUUUUUCAAUCGUUAAUGAAAAAAAAAUGAGUACUUAAACUGUUUUAACAAUAAUAAGUACUUAAUAAUAAUGAAAAAAAAAAAACUUAUUAAUCAUGUUUAAUAAAUCUUGCAACAAGUGCCUUAAAUUUAUCAUGAAAUUUUGUAUAUAAAUAAUUUGCUAAUACAUUUACAAAAAAAAAAAAAAAAAGAAUCGUGGUAUAUAUAUUUUGAUAGUUAGAUUUUUAUAUUGUAGAAAUAUUUAAUUAUAAAAAAUAAUUGAUAGAUUUAGUGAUAUUUUUUUUUGUAGAAAUAGAAAGUCAAUCUGGUUCAGCAAAUCAGUUGACAUAUAGAGCAGCUAAAUGUGUUCCUAUUUCUUUCUAAAUCCAUACACUUACAUUCCUCGUUUAACUCAAAAUAGUAUACAAUUAUUGAUUAAACAUUCUUCCAUUGAUAAAACAAAAAAAAAAAAAGACACUAUACAUUUAUAUUAUAAAACUUUGAUGAUGAUUUUGUUGAUGAUGUUGUAUUUUUUACAAAUCUAUUCACACAAUACAUUCCACAAUAAAUGUGUUAACCCAAAAUUUAAAUUAUUGCCUAAAACACUUGCCUAGUUAUUAUAAUUUAAUUAAUUUACAUGGCAAAACAACAUUUAUUUUUAAUGUAAGCUUUAAAGGCUACGGAUUAAAUAAACAAAUGAUUGUUAUAUAUAUUUUUUUUUAUUUUCAUUUUUUUUUUUUUAUUAGAAAUCGGGAUAUUUUUUAAUGAGUUAAAUUAAUGUCAUUCAAUGAAUUUUAAAUUACGAAAAAGUAAUCUCUAAGUUAUGUCAUUUAAAGCUUAUUUUUUUUAUUUAAAAAUAUACUUAUAAAUUUAAAGAUUAUAUUUUUUUUUUUUUUUGAUAAUAUUAAAAUUCAUUUGAAUGACUUUGUUUUGCAUGGAGUGGUAUAUUUGCGGGUUAUUAUUAUCAUUUUUAUGUGAUAAAAAAAAUAAAAGAUAAAUAAAUAAAAUAAGUACAAUAUUUAAGUAGAUAAAUUAAUUGAUUUAAUAAUUAAAUUAUCAAUUUGAGUUUCACGUUAUUAUGUCUUCACAAUUCAGCAAAUAUUUCUUUUAAAAAAUUUAUUAAUUUUUAAAUUAAAAAAAAUAUUUGCUGACUUGGUAUUUAUUUAUUUAUUUAUUUUUUAUCAUUGGGAAUUUUAAUUAUAAAAAAUUCUGUUAUUUGCCAACUGAAUUAAAUGUUAUUAAUAUAGAAAAAUAUUGCAAUUCACUGUUGGCUUUUAGCUGGACUCAUUAUCCAAAUGCCAAAAGUCAAAAGAAACAAAAAAAAUAUAUUAUAUUAUAAAACCAACAAGCAAUAUACCUUUCUUAUACUAACUCGUCACUAAAUCCUGCCUAAAUAAUAAUUAAGAUCAAUACAAAAAAAAAAAAAAACAAACAAAUAAAAUUAUAUUAUAGAUUAUUUGUGAUUAUAUUGUGAUUGGCUAACAUGGUGACUGAUAGUAACGUUAAUUUACACUUAUUUUUUUUCCUAUUAAAUUUUGACUAUAUAUUCAAAAUAAUCACUACAAUAUAAGAUAAAUAAAUUAUUAUUCAACUUAUCAAAAUUAUCUCAAAGAAAAAAAAUAAAAGAUAAACCAUAUUAUCAAAUUUUAUUUGAAAAAAUAAUUGUUUUAUCUCAAUCCAAAAAAAAAACUAAUCAACUUUUUGAUUAUUUUUUUUUUCAAUCCUUUUUUUUCGGUUAAAAAUAUUUGAUAAAAAUUUAAUAGGAUUAUUUAUUACCGUGUUAGCAUAUACACAAACAUCCACACAAAAUGACAUAAUAUUUUCACACAAAUUAAAUCAUUUAAAAAAAAGUAAUAAUCAUUGUUUUUUUUUUUUUCUUUUUGACUGUUGUAUACUCUCUGUAUAUCGAAGAUUAUAUAUUAAUUAAUAUUUAAAUUUAAUAAUGUUUAAUAAAUGUAAUCGUGUCUCAUGGAUAUCUUUUGCGCUUGCCGGG